AUGCUCCACGAGUGUCGCUCCGCUGGUGCCUCGCCGCUGCCCUCUCGUCGUCCACUCCCCCUCUCCUCCCUGCAGCUGGUUGAGUGGUACCUUGGCCGUCAGGGCCGCGCUGCUGGAGCUGGUGACUCUGCUCCUGGAGUUGUCUCCGCUGGAGGUUCUGGAGCUGCUGAGGGUACUGACACUGGGGGUUCUGGAGCUGCUGAGGGUGCUGGCGCUGGAGGUUCUGGAGCUGCUGGAGGGCCUGGUACUGGUGGCGCUGGAGCUGGAGGUUCUGGAGCUGCUGAGGGUACUGACAUUUGGGAUUCUGGAGCUGCUGAGGGUGCUGGCGCUGGAGGUUCUGGAGCUGCUGGAGGUACUGGUGCUGAGGGUGCUGGCGCAGGAGGUUCUGGAGCAGUUUGGGGUGCUGGUGCUGAGGGUUCUGAGUCUGCUGUUGCGCGGUCUCCUUGGAGUAGCCGCCUUCGUCCACGUGUGCCUCUCACCUCGCAGCAGCUGCACGACUGGUACGGUCGCCGUCAGGGUCGCGCUGCUGGAGCCCGGGGCUCUGCUGCUGGAGGUACUUCUGCUGACGUCCCUGGAGCUAGGAGUGGUGCUGGUUCUUUGUCUACUGGAGAUGCUGGAGUCGCUGGUCCAGGAGGUGCUCGUACUGGAGGUACUGGAGCUGCUGGGGCUGGGGGUGCUGCGUCUGGAGGUGCUGCUGCUGGAGACACCGAGGCUGGAGACCCCGGGACUGGUGGUGCUGGUUCUGGGGGUGCUGCUGCUGGAGACAUUGAGGCUGGAGACCCUGGGACUGGAGGUGCUGGUUCUGGGGGUGCUGCUGCUGGAGACACUGAGGUUGGAGACCCUGGGCCUGGAGGUGUCGGUUCUGGGGCUGGAGCUUCUGGAGCUGCUGGAGGUGCUGGAGCUGCUGGAGGUACUGGAGCUGCUGGAGCUGCCGACAGGUAG